AUGCGUGUCCCCUGCCAUGCACCAGCGAACCUCCACGUCUGCCGUGAGGCUCGCAGAGAGGCCCUUAGGCACCACGGCCUCGCGUUCGGCAUGUACCGUCAGCCGGGGACCAUCUUCUUCAAUCCUGACUCGGACAUCCUUUACUUUGGCUAUCGUGAGGGCUUUGGAGCUUCCGAAGCGCAGUUCCGCACAGCCAUGUCUCUCUGUUGCCCAGAAGAUCUCGCCCGUGUGCGGCGACUCGCACUCAACGAAGCUGUGUUCCGGGUAGGGUGUAAAUACGUACACUCUCUUACGGCAGACGUUUUGGAACUCGUUCGGCUGCGCAUGCCGGCGCUAGAAGAGCUUGUGUUCAUCCCAGCUAUAUGGGCAGGGGCGGAUGAUAUGGCCUAUUCGAGCUACGAUGCGGACUUGCUGCUCGUUGAUAUGGGAGCAGCGAAGCAGGCGAUUGAGAUGGCCUGGCAGAUAAAGACGGCGAUGCGCGACUUUUCUACGAGUGUACACUACCCUCUGCAUCAAGCGCUCCAGCUCGCCCCCAUUCAGUCCCCCCAUCUCCACCUGUAA